AUGGCUGCCCCUGUACCAUUAGAUCGCUUACCUCCCACGACAACCGCCUACGUGAUCGCAACGGCCAUCCUCGCAGGUGUCACCGGAUACUUCAUCGGCCAAGGUUCCUCGCUCAACCUCUUCAAAGAAAAGAAGGAAGGCUGGCCCAACAGCUACGAUGUGAAGGUCCACAGCCACUCUUCCGACGAAGAGGAGGACGAUUCUGAAGAAGAGGAAACCGACGAGGAAGACGAAGGCAACGGCGAGGAACUGGCUAGUUUCAAGGACAACACCGAAGAGGUCAAGUUGGUGCUGGUCGUUCGCAUGGACUUGGGCAUGACCAAAGGCAAAAUCGCCGCCCAAUGCUCCCACGCCACUCUCGCUUGCUACAAAUACUUCCAGGAAUUUGCGCCCAACUCGCCCAUCCUCAAGAAGUGGGAACGCGGUGGUCAGGCCAAGAUUGCCCUGCAGACUAAGUCUGAGGAGGAAGUGCUGCUCAUGCAGGCACAGGCUAUGAGCCUCGGGCUUUGCGCACGCGUGAUCCAGGAUGCUGGUCGCACUCAGAUCGCAAGCGGCAGCAAGACUGUGCUUGGAAUCUUGGGUCCCAAGAGUGUGGUGGACGGCGUGACGGGCCACUUGAAGCUUCUGUAG